AUGGCCGCCGCAGUAGGCAAAUACGCCGCCCAAAAGUUCCUCAGCAAACAAUUCAAAAACUACCAGAAGAAAGACGUCAACGGCGGCGAUGACCCCUACUUCGCCCUCCUCCCCGACCCGCGCCGCCCCGGCAAGUACAAAAAAGUCAAGCGCCAAAUCCCCACCUACAUCCCCGAGCACGACGCGCUCAUCCUCGCCUCCGCCAAGAAGUCCGCCUACCGCCUCGACAUGUGCCUGUUCAACCUCUUCGGCAUCCGCUUCGGCUGGGAAGCCGUCAUCGGCCUUAUCCCCGCCGCCGGCGACGUCAUCGGCGUCGCGUUCGCGUAUAUGGUGUUUCAGAAGUGCUGUCAAGUGGAGGGCGGGCUGCCGAGUGAUGUGAGGAUUCGCAUGCUCAUCAAUAUCGUCGUCGACUUCGUGGUCGGGUUGGUGCCGAUUUUGGGGGACUUGGCGGAUGCGGCGUUGAAGUGCAAUACGAAGAACGUGCGGUUGUUGGAGGUGUAUCUGGAUAAGAAGUACAAGCCGUCGCAGGAGGUUGGGGGGAGGGAUGGGAGAGAUCUGGGUGGGGUGAGCGCGGCGCAGCGGAGGAAGAAUCGGCAGAGUGGCAUUUAUCAUCCGCAGGACCCGCCGCCGGCGACGGUGUUUGAGGAUUUUGAGGAGGAGGCGCAGGAGCGG